GGCUCAUUGCAGGGGAGUCAGAAAUACUUCAAGUCUCCUGCUGUCUGCGCUGGAAGGAAACUGAAGUUUUCCACUUCCCCUCCGCUCCGUGCAGUUGCAGCCGGAGACCGCGGGCACAUGGCUUCUGAGAGGGCUGCUCCCCCCAGCUGCCCAGGAGCAGGCAAUGCCAGGCAUGUGAUGUGCGUUUAUUCCUAGGCAGUGCUGCUAACUUUGCAGUGGGAGGUCCGGUCUCUCCAGUCCAGACUUAGACCGACGCCUGUUAGCUGUGGGGCCUGGAGUAGCUCCCCUGGCCCGACCCCACCCACUGCCGCUCAGCUGAUUUGUGCCUGGGUGCCCAGCCGUGGCCACUGGAGUUGGGGUGAGUGAACUGCGUGGGAUGCAAGAUUCAGUGCGGAGGCUUGAACUAGGAGGGGUUUCGCCUUGAGCACCAGGAUGUUCCCUGGAAGAGGGCACCCAAAUGGUUUCUUCCAUCCCUGCCCUCAGGACAUCAGCCCCUCCGCCUACCCUGCCGACUUCCGCAGGGACAACGAGGGCAUGUGGGCUCCCCAGGACCAUCAGGAGGAGGCCAGCUGGGAUUACCGACACGGGAGACGCGAGGAAGGCUUCAGGGACAGGUGGCACUCGCCCUUUUCCCGAGACAUCGAACCCUACCCCGCUGACUUUUACGGGGGUGACAAGGGCAGGUGCUGGGCACCCCAGGACCAUCAGCAGCCAGCCAGGUGGGAGAACCAACCCGGGAGGCACGAGGAAGGCUUCAGGGGUGGUUGGCACUCGCCCUUUUCCCGAGACAUUGAACCCUACCCCACUGACUUUUACGGGGGUGACAACGGCGGAUGCUGGGCACCCCAGGACCAUCAGCAACCAGCCAGGUGGGAGAACCAACCUGGGAGACAUGAGGAAGGCUUCGGGGAUGGGUGGCACUCGGCCACGCCACCUAACCAGCACUGCCCGGAGUCCGUAUCGAGGGAGGAACAUGGCAACUCCUGGGACAGGGAGCAAGACUUCUUCCCCAGGAAGUACCGUGGCCGCGGCUGGAAGCAUCACCGCGGCCCUUUCCGAGGCGGCUACCGAGGGGAAUUCACCCCUCACUACCACCACUUUCAGUCUUACUCCUCCAGAGAAAAGUUCAAGUCAUCCAGGUCGUUGGCCUCCCGCUCCCCAGAGAGAUGCUCGGUGUCGAGUAGAAAGAAAAGUGUUUCUUCUAAGACAGAGAAAGCAAAAUCAGCAGCGCCCAAGAAGCCUGGAAAAUCCAAGAAAGAUUCUGCAGCUCCAGUGAAGGAACCCAAACCGCCCCAGGUCCAGCUGGACGCUAGCCAGACAGCCACAGACCCUUCCAGCCAGGCCGGCUCUACGCUGGAUACUGAACCCCCGGCUUCACCCGAAACCACAGAGGAUCUUCAUCCCAUGGGAACAGAAGGAAUUGAGCUGGUCCAGCUGGGGGCCAGUCUGGAGGCUGCAGACAAUCACAGCCAGGCCUGCUGCACUCUGGCAACUGACUCAGUCCUGGCUGACGCCCCGGAGGAUCUUUAUCUCCCGGAGGAAGAAAUCAAGCUGGUCCAGUUGGAAGCCAGCCACGAAGCCACAGACCAUCCCAGCCAGGCCGGCUCUGAUCUGGCUGCUGAGCCCCCAGCCUCACCUGAAACUACAGAGGAGCUUCAUCCCAUCAGAACAGAAGAUACUGAGCUGCUCCAGCUGGAAGACAACCUGAAGGCCCCGGAUCUUCUCAGCCAGGCUGUCUCUGCUCUAGCUGCUUUACCUCCAAUCUGGUCUGAGAUCACAGAGGAGCUGCCUCCCGUGGGAAAGGAAGAAAUUGAGCUGGUUAACCUCCUUCCCUCACCCUGUCUGAAAUCAACGCAGGAGCAGCUGGCCGCUCAUCAGGAGGACGCAGGCUAUCCUUACCAGGCCUGCUCUGCUCUGGCUACCCCAGCGGAGACCAUGCAGUACCUUCGUUCUGCUGCCAUACUGGCCAGAAAGGAAGAAAUUGAGCUGUCCUACCAGCAGUCCAGCCUGGCCUUUGCUGUGGUGGCCACCAUGCUGCUGCACAAGGAGCCCUCCAUGGAGGCGGCGAUGGGGUCUGCGCUGCGGGCCAACCUGCGGCAGGUCGGGGGCCACUGCCUGCAGGAGCUGGAGCACUUCAUUAGCAGCUACGACUCGGGCUCCACCCGCUCAUGAGAGGCAGCACAGCGGGAGACAUCUGCUCCAGCUCUGAGCCUGAUAGGGGGGAGGAGGGGGGAGCCCCAGCAGCGGUUCUGGUUGGGAUGAGAAACCAGCAGCUGUGGACUUGUGCGGCUGCAGCUGGAGAUGAUGGAGUGGGAGCAGAGCCCCAGCGUGGAGGGCUGCAGUCCUGGUGCUGAUGCUGGACAAUGGCAUGGAACGGGAAAGGGGCUGUUGGCUUGACAUGGUGGGGAGGGUUAGUAAUUUGGGAAGGGAGGGGAGGGGAGGAGACGGCCUGUGGGAGGGCUGAGCGGUGCUAGGGCUGAAGGGGUCAGUAACCAUGGGGAUGGAUAAGUGGUGCCAGGGGCUGGGGAUUGUCGGGCGGGGCUGACUGAAGCCGACGCUGUGAGUGAUGGGCGACAGCCUCCUCAGAAGAACACUUGCAGCAGUUUCACCCGGCCAGGAUCGGGGCCCCUGAGCCUCAUGGUUUCAUUGAAGGAGAGGAGUCCCUGAAAGUCCCUGCUUGGCUUCCCUGAACUUUGAAAUGUUUGUUUGUUUGUGGAGAAAAUUGUUUUAUCUCUGAAAAAUAAAAUGGCAGGUGGUACCAUCAGCG